AUGGGCAACAGCAAGGCCGCGGUGUGCGUGCUGGCGCUCGUCCUGUGCGGCCUGCUCGCCGCAGACACGGCGGCGGCGGCGGGGUGCGACGCGAGCGCGCUGAGGCCGUGCGUGGGCGCUAUCAUGCUGGGCGGGGCGGUGACGCCGGGGUGCUGCGCGCGGCUGCGCGCCCAGCGGGCGUGCCUGUGCCAGUACGCACGCGACCCGUCCUACCGCGGCUACGUCAACAGCCCAAGGGCGCAGAGCGUCGUCGCCGCCUGCGGCCUCCCCGGGCCCAAGUGCUGA